AUGAACUCUCUAGCCGAGAGCUUGCUGGGGCCUCCGCCGGAGCCGUCCAAGGCGGCCUUUCUGGACUUCGGGCUGGGCCCCCCGCCGUCUCCUCAGCCCCAGCCGCCGCCGCAGCAGCAAUACACUCUCCAGCCCUUGCACCCUCUGCCGCCGCAACCACCACUUGACGGCAGCUGCGCUUUCCCUGCCGCCGCCGCCGCCGCCUACGGCAGACCCUUGGCUUAUCCCCCUUACUCCGGAGCGGCAGCGGCGGCGAGCGGCGAGCUUGAGAAAUCUACCAUAAUUGAAAAUGGAGAAAUCCGCAUCAAUGGGAAAGGGAAGAAGAUCCGUAAGCCACGCACCAUCUACUCAAGCCUCCAGCUUCAGGCCCUCAACCAGCGCUUCCAACAAACCCAGUACCUGGCGUUACCCGAGCGGGCAGAGUUAGCAGCACAACUGGGCUUGACCCAAACACAGGUCAAGAUCUGGUUUCAGAACAAACGGUCUAAGUUCAAAAAGAUUAUGAAGCAGGGCUCCAGCAUCCAAGAAGAUCAUCUCCACAGCUCCUCCUCUUUGUCUCCCUGUUCCCCCAACCUCCCCCCACUCUGGGACAUUCCCAUGGCAUGUAAAGGAGCCCCCUUGCCCCCCAACAGCUAUAUCAACAGUUUUGGACCUUGGUACCACCAACCUCAACACCACCAAGACUCCAUGGGGAGGCCUCCAGUGAUGUGACAAAAGGCAGGGCCAACCCAUCUGCUGCGCCUCUUCUUUGGAAGCUCUGGUCUGGGACUACAGGAGCAGGGAAAUAGGUCAUGUGACUGGAAGAAGUGGCUUCUUCAAAGGGAUCACCAGCAUUUUUCUCUUCAUGGGAAGUUCUCUGGCAGGAGAUGACUGCAAAGACAUAGGUGGACUUCCCGACCUGCUCAAGGACCAAUACUAGCCACUGUGGCAGAAUGUGGGAAGGCGGCUUACGCCAAGGCACUCCCUCCUCCACCCCAAUGCAACUUGAUCAUACAUCAAUAGCUCAUUUAUAGUAGCUUCUCUUCAUCAAGAUUUUACAAGAGCAGGGCUUGGCUUCCCCCAGCCCUCCAAAAUAUAGGGUUCAUUAAUAACAUGGCCCUGUGUCUGUUCUGGCUGUGUUGAUAAGAUCUUAGUUGCCAUGUAUCUGGGGUCAGUUGCUGUGUCUUUAAGAGUUUUGAAGCUAGACAGGAACUCAACAGGCUAAUUUUUUUCCUAACAUGGAGGUUCAAACAGUGAUAGGAAAGCGUUGUGUUUGAUAUACCUGCCUUUCACAAUGCUGUUAAAGAAACAGAAGUAUUGCUGUUUUUUUGCCCCCUGUGGCAACCCUAUUGAGUGCAGCAAGCUACUGGAGCUACACAGAGCUCUGCAUCAGACAGAUACAGGGCAGGGAACGAAUGCUGAACUGGAUAGAUGUAAAAGAAAGAUAAUGUACACCAGGAUUGGGAAAUCUAUAGGUCUUCAUCUGUUGUUGGACUGGAAUUCCAUAAACGCAUCACUAUGGUUGAUGGUGAAGGAUGAGGAGAGCUUGGAGACCACCAGAUACUCCACCUUUGUGUAUUGAUGCAACCUCAUGAUUUAGAGACCAGGAUAUAUCUUAGUUUGGAGACAAUACAAUCCCUUCUCAUGGGAUUAAAACUGUCAAGAACUUUUUUUUAACUCAUCUAAAUGAGUUCAAUGAAUUACCAUCUAUGAAAAAUAGGUGACUUCCACUUGAAGCUCCAAAUUGUGAA